AUGGGGCAUAUUCGGUCAAAAUCGAACGUGACUCCGCCGGCCGUUCAGACGCCGCGAAGUUACAGAAUCAUUGCCAUUAUCUUUGCCUUAUGGCUAUGUUUCCACACACUGUCAAGAUUCGAUUGGACCGUCCCAGAUUGGACGCCCAAAGCAACCGACGAAUGGCCCGAGGAGCCUGUUCUCAAGAACCGCCGAAUGGCUUUGGUCAUACCCCUCACCGAUCCUAGUCCGAACGCAUGCAAGACGAUCCUUUCAGGGACCGUUUUGGGAUACCCUGCCCCCGUCAUCGUCAACUGGGGAGUCGAUUACCAUGAUGUCAGUCACUGGGAACUUGGCAGGAAUCUUCCCAAGAUUCCGGGAAUGAUGAAAUACCUCGAUUCUGUGAUGCAUCCCAACGCGACCGAUUUGGAACGACUGGAAGAAGACGAUCUUGUUCUCAUGGUCGACGGUCGUGACGUUUGGUUUCAACUACCCGUUGAGGUUCUCAUCAGCCGUUACCAUGAGAUCAACAAAAAAGCGAACGAGAGAUUGCGCAAACAAUGGAAGGGCCCAGGCCCAAUGCCAAUGAAACAGACCAUCGUCACAGGUUCUCAGAGAAAGUGCUAUCCCAAUGAUCCUGAGCGGUAUGGACUUGAUAUGCAAUGUGAUAUUUGGCCAGAGAGCCCGGUGAGAUCGGAUCUCUACGGCCCAACGACAGAAAAGAACGAGACCGAUUUCAUUCAUCACAGACCUCGAUAUAUCAACGGCGGAAUGUACAUGGGCCCUGCGGGAGAUAUGAGACGUUUCUUCCGUCGAGCUAUGGAAUUGAUGGAUAAAUAUGUCGGCGAAGGCUUCCCUUUGCGAAGUGACCAGGGCGUAAACGGCUACCUCAUUGCACAACAAGAGAUCUGGCGUCAGUGGCAAAGAAAGAACCACAUGAAAGAGAUGGACCUCAAGACCAUGAUCGACGAGAACCUCGAGUUCCAUGCCGGGCUCGAUUACGCGAUGGAACUAUCCAAUCAGGUCUCUUACAGCGAUAUUGACGAAAGUCUGGGUCUCUACUGGUCAGACUUUGCCCUGCUCAACAAUGAGAAGCGCACCCAACGACAGUCUGAGGCUAGAGGUAUAUUACCAGUCCGUUUCAAUGGAGUACCUGCAGACAUCAUGGCAUCGCGUAACCCAUUGACCAAAUUUGAGAAGUCUGCAAACUGGAGCAAUAUGCCCCUCUUCGCCGACUUUGCUCUUGGUACCGUGCCAGCGUUGAUCCACCAUAACAAAUACAAGGACCGACGGCAAACAUGGUGGGAUCGACCAUGGUAUCAUCAAAAGCUGAGGAAGCUUGUUCCUUCCAAGUUGAAAUUCCGUCCCUUUGAUGAAUCUUUGGCGACGGUUGAAACUGACGAGGGUCUCGUUCGAUACUGGGCCCCAUUGGCCGAGGCGAGAGAUAGAUAUCCUCGAAAGGUCAAUGAGACUGCAAAUGCUAGAUUUGAGAAAAUGGAGCUUGACACGCUUUGUCGCAGGGCGGAAGGAAAAGAAGGGGGAACGUCGAAGGACGGUAAGGCCUGGUGGGAUGAGGUUAUGCGUGAUGGUGGCGGAAAGAUUAGCUAA